AUGGCCGGACCACCCCCUCUCCCCCACCCAAUUCUUGAACGCUACUGCGGCGCCGAUCUAUCACCAGGUGUCAGGAAGCCCUCAGCCAAUAACUGCACAACGCCGUGCACAGGCGACCCGAAACUAUCCUGCGCUGGCCAGGACGCGCUUGCCAUCUACAACAUCCCAGCCACCUCGCACAAGAAAACCCCUGACGAAGACGACUCAACAUCCACCAGACCAUCUCCCACACAGCAGCGCAGCCAGCACCCAGCUCCCACCCGCCAACCGGCAUACUCCUCAUCACCACUCCUCUUGGAAGCAUACAGUUUGAGCGCCCAGUGA